AAGUGUCAUUAAAGUAAAAACUAGUUCCGUCACAUGAUAAUGUUCCGGUUCCUCGAAGUCGCCUAUAAAAAGGUUGCCAGUCACUUCGAGGAGCAUCAGUUCUUCACAGUCUUCAACAACAUGAAGUUUGUAGUCCUCGCUCUCCUGGCCGCCGCUGCCACCGCCGUCCCAGUUUACGACGGGGCACAGGCACGCUUCGACUCCGGCGAGGUCGUGGCCAUCCUGAGGGACGACCGCGUGAUCGAGGACGACGGAAGGUACAACUUCGACAUGGAGACUGCCAACGGAAUCGUCAUGUCCGAGUCUGGCUCUCACGGUCUGGAGGGUGCCAUCGUCAGUGCCGGUUCCUACUCAUACACCGCUCCUGACGGCACUCCCGUUGUCGUCAAGUACGUGGCUGACGAGAACGGCUUCCAGCCCCAGUCCGACCUCCUGCCCGUGGCUCCCGAGUUCCCCCACCCGAUCCCCGACUUCGUCCUCGAGCAGAUCGCCUUCGCCGCCGAGGAGGACGCCCGCAGAGCCAGGGAACCCUCCAACAGAUACGAACUCCUCAUAAUAGAUUAUUUUAGCGAAGGACUAGUUCAUCUUAUUGAAGAUUGUGAAGACCAUGUAUUUAUUUAUUUAGUGUUCAUUUCAUACAAAUAAAAGUAGAAAUACGUCAAA